ACCUACUCAAUACUUUCAAGCAAUUUAAUCAGCAAUUACACAUGAGGAUUGCUAUUAUCACCAGGGCAAUGCAUUAACAUUAAAUAGCAUUAAAAACAGUAAAGAGACAGGGAAGUGUGGAGGAUAAGUCAAAAUGUCAGGAGACAUUGUGGGAGUGUGGGAGGUGUCGCUGAGUGAUGGGCUUUACCGAAUUGAGUUCGAACAUGGAACAACAACAGGGAAACGUGUUAUUUACAUAAAUGGAAAGGAGGCCCUGAGAAGGGAUUGGAAGUUCAAACUGGUGGGCAGAGAAACAUUUCCUGUUGGGAGCGCAGAUACAAAAGCAACCAUAAACAUUGAGGCAAUAAAUGGGUUUGCCUAUGAGUACACGCUGGAGAUCAAUGGAAAAAAUCUUCAAACAUUUUUGGACAAUCGUUCAAAAAUUUCCAAAACGUGGGUGCUCAAGCUGGAUGGUAAUGAUUGCAGGAUAGUUCUGGAAAAAGACACUAUGGAUGUGUGGUGCAAUGGACAGAAAAUGGAUACUAUGGGCGAAUUUACAGAUGAUGGAACUGAGACGCACUUUGCAGUGGGGAACCGUGAAUGCUGCAUAAAAGCCACGACCAGUGGAAGUAAACGAAGCAAAAUAGUUCAUUCCCUUCUGGUUGAUGGAAUCAGGAUAGAGGAGGCCAUUGAGUAAAAUAGAGUCUAAUAGAAUUCAGCUGUGCAAGACGUUUAGCAACAUUAUACUUUAUCAGAAUUAGAUACAGAUACCAGAAACUACUCUCUUUUAAUAAAUCCAGUGUGUUGGAAGUCUGGACAGGGACACUUUAUUUGCUACAAUACUACACGUUAAAAUAUGUUUAGAAACAUCCAAUCCCAUUCAUUUACAUAAAUAAUACAUUUGGUGAAAAAAAGUGUAGUCAGAUUUCAGGGUGUGUUGCCACUGUAACAAACUGUGAAUGGUUUCGUAAAUCACAGCCUGUCUUCUAUUAUCAAGUUUAUAAGCCCAUGCCAAUUCAACACUAAAACCUGCAUAUAUUUAACCUUUAUUGGAUGUGUGGGUUAGUUCACGCCUGUGUUAUCAUAAGGGCUGUGAGUUUGUGUGUGUGUGUCACUGAACUGAGACCAGCAAAUAAUUUCUAUGGUGUACAUGGUCUCACUAUAUCAUAGUUUAACCACAAUACUUGUGUAGUUAAGCUAUGAUAGCAAUGUAAAUGGUAGUUGAUCUGCCAAAAACAUGCUUAGCCUACUACUUUUUAACUGCCAUGGCAAAUCCCCCUUUUAUCCAACAAUUUUUAAAGGUCUUUUCCACAUUUUCUACCAAAUGCAAUAUUCUACAGAUUGGCAUAACUAGAAACAAGUAGGCUAUAUUGUUUUUAAAAAUAACAAACAUUAUGUAAUAUUUUGUUUGUUUGUUUUGUUGUAAUGCUGUCACAGGACAUUCUUGUAAGAUCUGUUCUCAUAAACUAGAAUAAAUGCGCCCAAUAGCGCC